AUGUGUUGCAACUACUAUGGUGGCUGUGGCUAUGGCUCCCGCUAUGGCUGUGGCUACGGCUGUGGCUAUGGCUCCCGCUAUGGCUGUGGAUACAGUUCUGGCUAUGGCUGUGGCUGCUGCAGCUACCGACCACUUUGCUACAGAAAAUGCUACUCUUCUUACUGCUAG